ACCCCCCCGCCCCAUCCCUCCCCCGGCUCGGCACUAGCGCAGCUUCCCUGACGCGAGAGCUGCGUUAGGCCCACGGCUGAUGCAAGAAGGCCCGCUGGUGGCUACGGCAGUGACUUCUUCCACACUUGGCGACCCCUUGCCCACCGAGGGCGGAGAGAAGCGCGGCGCAACCCCGUUAUAACGGGUGCAGACUCAGGGGCGGGGUGCAGGCUCGCUCGGGUGUGGAGCGUGCGGAGUUGGGGCGGAGUCCGCGCUUCUCGUGGCGGGGGUCUUGCGCUCAGGCUUUCAUUAUUUUUCCAGUCAGUGUCGCCGUGUCACGCGCUCCGGGUCUCCGCUGCCCCUGCCGUGAGCCAUGGCCCAGGAAUCACUGACUUUCAGAGAUGUGGCCAUAGACUUCUCCCAGGAGGAGUGGGGAUGGCUUCAGCCAGCUCAGAGAGAUUUGUACAGACAUGUAAUGUUGGAGAACUAUGACCAUUUGGUCUCACUAGGUCUUAACAUUUCUAAGCCAGAUGUGGUUUCCUUAUUGGAGCAAGGAAAAGAGCCCUGGAUGGGGAAAGGAGAUGUGAGAAGAGAUCUGUUUUCAGAGUCAAAUGGUACAGUCAAAGAGUUUUCUCCAAAAAAUGUCACAUGUGAAGUUGCGCCAUCCCAGUAUUUAUUAAUGGAAAGAAUUUUAAGUGGAGGCCCUGCAUAUUCCAAUUUUAAAGAAGGCUGGAAGUGUGAGGAUAACACUAAGAUGAAAGGAAGUCAAGGAUUUAUCAGACAAGUGACAGUUACUCUUCCAAAAUCUUUGUCUCAGCGAAUGAGUAUCAGUACUGUGAAGAGGCCCUAUGGAUGUCAUGAAUGUGGAAAAUCAUUCAGUCGGCGCUUUUCCCUUGUCUUACAUCAGAGAACACAUACUGGUGAGAAACCCUAUGUAUGUAAGGAGUGUGGCAAAACCUUUAGCCAGAUUUCGAACCUUGUGAAACAUCAAAUGAUACAUACUGGAAAGAAACCCCAUGAGUGUAAGGACUGUAAUAAAACAUUCAGUUACCUUUCAUUUCUCAUUGAACACCGGAGAACACAUACUGGGGAGAAACCUUAUGGAUGUGCUGAAUGUGGAAAGGCAUUUAGCCGUGCCUCAAACCUCACUCGACAUCAGAGAAUUCACGUAGGAAAGAAACAACAUGUUUGUAGGAAAUGUGGGAAAGCCUUCAAUAGUGGCUCAGAACUUAUUCGCCAUCAGGUUACUCAUACUGGAGAGAAACCUUAUGAAUGCAUUGAAUGUGGAAAGGCAUUUCGCCGUUCGUCACACCUUACUAGACAUCAAAGCAUCCAUACUACCAAAACCCCUUAUGAAUGUAACGAAUGUAAAAAAGCUUUCCGUUGCCGUUCAUUCCUUCUUAAACAUCAAAGAAUUCAUGCUGGAGAAAAGCUCUAUGAAUGUGAUGAAUGUGGUAAAGUUUUCACAUGGCAUGCAUCUCUUACACAACAUAUGAAAAUUCAUACUGGAGAAAAACCCUAUUCAUGUACUGAAUGUGACAAAACAUUUAGUCGGAGCUUUUCCCUUAUUCUACAUCAGAUAACACAUACCGGAGAAAAACCCUAUCUGUGUAAAGUAUGCAAUAAAUCUUUCAGCUGGAGCUCAAACCUUGCUAAACAUCAGAGGAUACAUACCUUGGAGAACUAUGAAUAUGAAAAUUCAUUUAACUACCAUGCAUUCCUUUCUGAACACCAGAGAAUUCAUGCCAUAGAGAAAAUCUAACAAAGUAUGGAUAGUAUGUAUAUAUAUAUAUAUAUAUGUAUGUAUAUAUGUGUGUGUGUGUGUGUAUUUAACCACAUAUGGCAGUGCUCAGGGGCUAAUAUUGGCUCUGUGCUCAGGGCUUACUCUUGACUUUGUGCUUGGGGGACUGUAUGUGGUGCCAGGGAUGGAAUCUGGGGUCAGCCACAUGUAAGGCAAGUACUUUAUUUCUUAAAUUUUCUCCUAUUCAGUUCUGAGUUUUGGUUUUGGUUUUUGGGUCAUACCCAGCAGUGCUCAGGGCUUACUCCUGGCUCUGUGCUCAGGGCUCACUUUUAGCGGACUUGGGGGACCAUAUGGGGUGCUGGGUAUUGAACCUGGGUCAGCCACAUGCAAGGUGUGACUUGAUGUAUUAUCACUCAUGUCCCCAGUGUGGAUUGUAAAAAACUAGAGCGUGCCAACGGGCAUGUGCACUUGCGGGCUCUCCGGGCGGCUCUGUCUCACCGCCCACGUUCGGUGCUCUGGAACCGCUAUGUGUGGCUGUUGGUCAAGGGCAGGCGAUGGAAGGAAGAAGGCCAAACUGGUUGCUCGAUCAGUUUAUUUCAUUCUCUCUCUCUGCUUCUCUCCCGGUUCUGGAUCUCUCUUUGGAUCUCUGGAUCUGGCCCCUCAACCUACUCUUACAGCCUAGUUAAAUCCCCCCAGCAUGAGGGGUUUGGGGCGUACACAUAGGUGUGGUCACAGUCAAUAGGGGUAAGGUUCCUUUCCCUCAGGGGAUGCUUCUCCUAGGACUGAUUCUCUUUCAGCAGGAGUCCCAUGAGUGUUUCUCUUCUCAUCCAGCAAACAUAUAAGCAUUCAUAAUAUUAAUCAUUUUGUAUGGACACAAUAAGAAAUGCAUUAAAGCUUAUAGAAUUGCUCUCCUGGGGCCAUCUCUAUCUCAGACUACAGUGCUCAAGCCAGAACAGUCUUUCCUAUCCCUAGCAGGGUCCUAGUCUCAUCAUUACUUUUGGAUCAUGACAGCAUUUGUCUAUGAUCAAGCUCUUAACUUAUAGUUAAGAAUUAGGCACUUUGGCCAGGCACAUCUCGAUGCCAGGGUAGCACAUAACUCACCACUUGCCCUGGAUCCUUCCCGUCCCUCGUCGGGACCCUGCUUUUGGGGUGCUAGGAACUGAGGGCAACUGAGGCUUAAGUGGAGAAAGCAGAUGCCCGGGAGGGAAUAAUAUUUGAAGCCAAUUAAGUCCCAAGUUACAAAAGCAUAAUAUUGUCUUCUUGUGUCUAUACAAAAAAGACAUUGCUUUAAAGUAAAUUAUUCAAAAGGCAUAAGGAGAGGAGAAAGGUAAUAUUAAUUUAUAAUAUAAGUUCAGUAUCCUAGGAAGGUCUGACCUUACAAAUUAGCAGAGUCAGAUUAGGGGGAGAAGCUGAUUAACUGUUUUUUGGGGAAGAGAGCAUAGAGAAGUGAUUACAGCUAAACAAAGGGAUGGGAGAGAUUUGGGAACACCUUGAUGGGUGUGACUGGGGUAAGCCUAAACUCCGGGAAAAUCCAGGACAAGCUCCUUGUGGCAAGGGGGGAGAGGACAAAGUAAUGUCAUCCUACAGUAGAUUUUAAAAGUUCCUUACUUUGACAUCAGAGAACUGAUGGUAAGAAGCCUUAUGUAAAUGUGUUGAAUGUGAGGAUAUGUGAAUCAUAUCUUAUUUAACAUUCUGGAGAAAAUUCAAGGAAUAUGUAAGCCAUGAAUAGCUUUGAUUGUUAUUUUUGGCAAUACUAGAAGAUAAAAAUCAGUUGGUAUUGAUAAGGUUCCUCAUCUGAUAGGCUUCCCAUAAUCUCCACUUGUAUUUUUUCAGUACCAUAGAUCCUACUCAGGGUGUCACACGUACCAGGCAAGGACUCUACUACUCAGCUACAUCCCUGCUGUACGUUUGUAAAAUUUUACCAGAAAAAGACACAUGUCAAAUGUGAGAAGCCUCCUAAUUGGAGAUGAGUCCUCAUUUUGUAUCUAGGCUUAAUCAGGACAGAAUGCAUGGGAAAGGAUGCACAUUUUUGUGGACAUCAGAAAAUUUGAACUUAAGCAAAGUUGUGCAGAUUGAUUGCUGAUACCUUCUUGUACAUGUAAUAUUUAUUAACAAUGUAAAAAAACUUAGGAGAAAAGUAACUGCAAUAUUUUAGACCUGCAGAAAUUAUACCAUACAAAAACUUAACUUUGUAUGUAAUGAAUGUGACAUAACCUUCCAGUUUUGAAGAGUACUGAAAGGUAUCUGUGUGGGAAAGUUUUUUUUUCUUUAAAGCCUUUUUUGAGUUAAGCAUAUUCAAGGAAGGUAUGAAUAAAACUAGCUUUAUAGUAAA